AUGAAGCUCUCAAAAAUUUCCAUUAUCAGCAGUCUCUUGGCUCUCAGCUCCGCACAACUUGACACAGAAACUGCGCCAGUUGUGACCUCUGGAGCACCUCCAUCAACUGUUACCGAAACAAUCACUGUUACUGAAGGAAGCUCCAGUGGCUACCAGACUGAUCCAAUCUAUGCCACGACUACAGAAGGAUACCCCAUGAGCUCAGACUAUGUCACCACAGCACAGGGAACCGUAACCUCAGUCAAAUAUGAUGGUGAAAGCAAAUCAACAGUCUGGGUUUACCCCACUGGUACCGGAAACAAAAAGCACUGCACAGUUGCUACUUACGAGGAUAACGUUGUGAUUAAUGUGGACAUCGUUGAUAUCACAAUUAUUAUCAUCGAUGGAUUCCUCUUCACAGAGACCGUCACCGCACUAGAAAGCGCCACAUAUACACCCACUCCUCCACCCAUGCAAUCGACAACCACGCCACCCUACAGCACCGGCACCGGCACCGGAACUGACAAACCCAAAGCCAAAGUCCACCAUGUAAUAGUCGGCGACAAAGGUCUCAAUAUUUACUCCCCCAACCAAAUCAACGCCAACCUAGGCGAUACAAUCCGUUUCCAAUUCCUCGCUAAAAACCACACCGUCACCCAAUCCGAUUUCAAUACCCCCUGUACCUUCAACGGCGGAUUCGACACAGGUUUCAAUCAAUUUAAUUCCAACAAUCAAAGCAAUAUCACCCGGGAUUUCAUCGUCAACACUGAUAAACCAAUUUGGUUCUUCUGCGCACAAACUGUCACAAAGUCUCAUUGUCAAGAUGGUAUGGUUCUUGGUAUUAAUCCUGCGGGGAAGUUCGAUGCUUUCUUGGAAAAAGCUAAGAGUAGUAAUCUUACGAGUGGUGAUUUUACUACUGCUCCUAUUCCUACUGAGACGGGAUCAGGAUAUAUGACUGGCGUUGCGUCGCCGACUGGGUAUUAUACGACUGGUUCUGCGGAUGCGGAAUAUACUUCUUCUGGGUAUUCUUCUGUUAGGGGGAGAUCUUUCAGGGCGUGA